AUGUCUAAAAACCAUGCUCUUUCACUUGAGCUUCCGUGGGUGGAAAGAUACAGACCCAAGAAACUCGACGAUAUUGUUGGAAAUGAAGAAACCAUAGAAAGAUUGAAGCUCAUUGCUGAGGACGGUAACAUGCCCCAUAUGAUCAUCUCAGGACUUCCUGGUAUAGGUAAAACCACGUCGGUUCAUUGUUUAGCCUACGAGCUUUUGGGCCCUGACUUGGUUCUGCAAGCUACAUUGGAGCUCAAUGCUUCUGAUGAUAGAGGUAUCGAUGUGGUCAGAAACAAGAUCAAGCAGUUUGCUCAAACCAAGAUCCUGUUACCACCUGGAAGACACAAGAUCAUUAUCUUGGAUGAAGCUGACUCUAUGACCCCAGGUGCCCAACAGGCUUUGCGUCGUACAAUGGAAUUGUACUCGAAUACUACAAGAUUCGCCUUUGCAUGUAACCAGUCGCUGAAGAUCAUCGAGCCUUUACAGUCUAGAUGUGCCAUUCUAAGGUACAACAAGCUUGCCGACGACCAGGUGUUGUCGCGUCUUUUGGAGAUUACGAAGAUGGAGGAUGUCAAGUAUAACUCAGAGGGUUUGAAGGCUCUUAUUUUCACUGCUGAGGGAGAUAUGCGUCAAGCCAUCAACAACUUGCAAAGUACAGUGGCUGGCUUUGGGUUUGUGGAUGAUGUGAACGUGUUCAAGAUCGUUGAUCAACCACACCCACUUGUAAUUAAGAAAAUCUUGAACGCGUGCGUUGUGUCCAACUCUAUUGACGAGGCUAUUGAUCUUCUCGAUUCCUUGUGGAAAAAGGGAUACUCAGCCAUUGACAUUGUCACCCUGAGCUUCAAGGUCGCCAAAACUUUACCUGGCGUUAAUGAGCUGAAACGUUUGGAUAUUAUCAAGGAGAUUGGUUUCACGCAUAUGCGUGUCUUGGAAGGUGUGCUGUCGUAUCUACAAUUGUGUGGUAUGUACGCUAAACUAGCAGCAUUACCGUGA